UCAAUACAUUAUUCAUUCGAACAUGAAAUUGACCGUUCGUUCCCAAAUAAAAUUGUAUUCCGUAAAAAAAAACUUUGUUUGCUGUGUUUAUAGUUAAAAACAGUAUUUUUGAAUACUAAACAAACCGUUUAGUUUGAACGCGUUUGUUUGUUGUGUUUGAAAUCGUAUUUAAUUUCGAGUACAUUUUUCGUGAAUUCCAUUUUUUAAACGCGGUGCGUGUUGAAUUCGGUUGGUAUUUAAAGACCGUAAUGGCGUCGACGACGAGUGAAUUGAUUUACAAAAACAUUAUCGCAAAAUUCUUUGUGAUCGACCGGGACCAGAGUGAUCGUGAAAGCUUAAUUUCCGAACGUGUCGAAAGAAUCGAUAGAGGUGUCCAGUUCGUUUUGGAGAACAUCCCCAAUACAAAUUUAUCGAAGAAGUUACAGGAUAUCGUAAUUAACAAAGUUGGCUCAAUGGAAACAACUUUCUUCAAAAAGUGGCGAGAGUCAAAGGCAAAAUCCAGGGAACAUUUUGAGCGCAAGUUUGAAGAAUGGAUUCAUUUGACACUACCGCUGCCACAAUCAAUUAUGUCAGAAAGCAGCCGUAUGAAAGGCAGCACCCAACAAAAAAAAAAAUUCGGGGAGCUUUCCGAGCGACAAAAAGAACGGCGGGUGAAAGAGCUCGAUUGUUUGGACUUAGACCAGCUACUACUCGCAGCAACAAAAGCAGCAAAAAUAUCCAAACGUACCGACUUGGCAUACGUUCUCAAACUGCUGUAUAAAGAUGAGAGAUGUGCGGGCGAGAUUCGUGGUCUGCUCAAAGACAGAAAUAAAAAAGAGAGAGUGAAGCAAAAUAAUUAGUUUCCUUCGAGUAGGAAACCACUCUUUGUUCUUAACAUCCCCCUUGAGUUUCUUCGUGCUCGUAAUUUUUAAUAUUUUUUUUCUGACAAACAAACAAACAACAUUUUCGGCACACAAAACAUGGUGUCUCGAGUAAUGGAGAAGCAAAUUGAUUAAUUUCAAUA